AUGUCAGGUGUGGGCCAAUCACAUGCAGCGGAGGGGGGGGGCUUUAAAGCCACCACCAAGGUGUUUGCUACAACACUAGCUGCCGGGCAACAUGGCAUUAAAAGAACGACCCAUGCUGUUAUUCCUGUUUCCUGUCACUAUAAGAGGACAAAGUUUGAUGGCAGUCACUCGCAGCAGCAGCCCCUCUCUCUUCCUGCUGUGUAUUCAACAGGUGCUUUCUCUCUAAAGCUGAUGACCGAGGACUGGACAGGAGAGACGCUCACCAGUGUCUUCUACACUGGAGACCUCCUGCCCCUCGAGGCCUCUUACAGCAGUCCUGAUGCGGGACACAGACGCCUGUUUAUCGACGGCUGUGUCGCCGCUUUGUCUCCUGACCCGAGAUCAGUCCCCAGAUACUACUUUAUCGAAAACCAUGGGUGCUUCAAUGAUGCCAAAGAGGACGGAUCAAAUGCACUUGUCAAUCCCAGAACAAGAUCUUCUUCUCUUCAGCUGCAGCUCGAUGCCUUCCUGUUUCCCCAGGACACAAGGAACUCACCAGAUCAAUGUAACAGCGAUGCUUACCUCAGCAUUUGGACUGAAACAGUACACAUAUGGAUAAAUGUCGAUGGCAGUGAUGAUGUGUGUCGAUGUUGCGACGAUACAUGCUCCAGCAACUCUCCCACCGGUCAAACAAACCUCGGAAGUCUGAUCCCUGAAGAUUUGGUGGCAUGUGAAACUGUUACUCUGGGCCCUUUGAUGGUUUUGCCAUACAAAUAGGCGAAGCAUAACAAUCC